AACGGCACCGUUUCGAAACGACAUCCCUGAACAAAAAAGAACGGUGAAGCCAAGGAGCCCAAACCGAGCUGUUUGUUUUCUUCGAUUAGUAAUCUUUUCGCCAUUCUCUUUCCAUCGUCGCCGAUAUUUUUCUCUCCCGAAUCGCCGGAAUCUUAUCACCGCCCACUUUUAAAACUUGAAAGCCUCUUCUCCAACAAGAACCACAUAAUACGCCUCACCCUCCUCACUAUCCCUUACCCAAGAUCUGAUCCAAUUCACCUCUCUCUCUCUCUCAAACCCUAAUCUAAAUUAGGUUAACCUUCGAUCUCCUCCUUCUCAUCUUCUAAAUCCCGAAUCAGAGAUUCAAUUGCUCUGAAUUCCUUCUGGGCUUUCCAAAUUCUGAUCGGGUUUUCGAUAAAUGUGGUAGAUCGAGACCGGAAAUUUCGUUUCCGGGGUGUGUUGCAUGAGGAUUUGGUGUUUUGAUUGCUUCACCGACGAGGAGGAGGAAGGUAGACUGAAACAAUCGGCUAUGGACAACAACAACAACAACAACAACGACGAUGUCGAUUUGGAUCUAAACCAGACUGAGCUAGGAGUCAGUGAGGACGAGCGUUGGCCUAUGUGUGAGGAGAUGAUGCGUGCUGCGACGGAGGAGGAGGAGGAGGACGGUACUGAAUUGGAGCAGUUAUGGUCAUCUGAGAUUCGCUCCCAUCCUCAUUUAGUUCUUCAAGGAGAGAGUAGCAAUGCUGCUGCUGCUGCUGCUGUAGGUGAGGAUUGUACGAUGGAGGAAGCUGAUCACGAUUCGUAUCAUAAACGUGCUAAAGUCUACUCUGGCCUUGCUUGCAGUGAGUCACGGUCAGCUUCCGGGGUAUCUUCAGAUGCUGGUUCGUCGGUGGAGAGAACUGUGAGUUUUGGGGUUGCCUCUUCUUCUAGGACGGAUGUGGAUAUGUUCUGUCAGAACUUCAUCUUGAAUUAUAGUCGGAAAGAUGGGAAGAAAGAUGAGGGAGAUGAUAACGGUUCUUCUGAAUCAGAAGAUUUUGAAGUUCAUAUUGAUUUGACUGAUGACCUCUUGCAUAUGGUAUUCUCGUUCUUGAAUCACAUCGACCUCUGUCGCUCUGCUAUGGUGUGUCGUCAGUGGAGAGUAGCUAGUUCUCAUGAGGAUUUUUGGAAGGCCUUGAACUUUGAGAAUAUGAGGAUUUCUAUCGAGCAAUUUGAAGACAUGUGUCUUCGCUAUCCCAAUGCCACUGAAGUGAAUGUUUAUGGCACUCCUUCUGUUAACGCUCUGGCUAUGAAAGCAGCCACCACUUUGAGGAAUCUGGAGGUCUUAACUGUAGGAAAAGGUCAUAUCAGUGAAAACUUCUUCCAGGCAUUGGGGGAGUGUAAUAUGUUAAGGAGCGUGACUGUAAAUGAGGCUAUUUUGGGGAAUGGUGCUCAGGAAAUUCACCUGAGUCAUGAUCGGCUACGUGAACUUAAGAUUACAAAAUGCCGCGUCAUGCGUUUGUCUAUCAGGUGUCCGCAGCUCAGGUCUUUAUCAUUAAAAAGAAGCAACAUGUCACAGGCGAUGCUUAACUGUCCACUCCUUCAACUUCUUGAUAUAGCCUCGUGCCAUAAGCUCCUGGAUGCUGCUAUCCGUUCAGCUGCCAUUUCGUGUCCUCAGUUAGAGUCGCUCGAUGUUUCCAACUGUUCCUGUGUCAGCGAUGAAACUUUGCGUGAAAUAGCCCAGGCUUGUGCUAGUCUCCAUAUUCUUAAUGCUUCAUACUGCCCCAAUAUAUCUCUUGAGUCAGUACAUCUCCCCAUGUUGACAGUUCUCAAGCUUCAUAGCUGUGAGGGUAUAACAUCAGCGUCUAUGACUUGGAUUGCUAACAGUCCUGCGCUGGAGGUUUUGGAGCUUGAUAAUUGUAAUCUGUUGACAUCUGUCGUGUUGCAUCUCUCCCGUUUGCAGAGUAUAAGCCUAGUCCAUUGCCGCAAAUUCACAGAGCUGAACUUGCAAAGCGUAAUGCUUUCAUCUAUCACUAUCUCAAACUGUCCAGCGCUUCGCCGAAUCACAAUCACUUCAAACUCCCUUCGACGGUUAGCUCUCCAGAAACAGGAGAAUUUGACAACAUUAGUUCUGCAAUGCCAGUCCUUGCAAGAAGUGGAUCUCUCUGAUUGUGAAUCGCUCUCAAACGCUGUUUGUGAAAUAUUUAGUGAUGAUGGUGGAUGCCCAAUACUGAAAUCAUUAAUUCUUGACAACUGUGAGAGCUUAACAGAAGUACGAUUCAGCAAUUCAUCGUUGGCUAGUCUGUCCCUUGUUGGCUGUCGUGCUGUUACUUCUCUCGAGUUGAAGUGCCCUCGCAUAGAGCAGAUCUGUUUGGAUGGAUGUGAUCAUCUUGAAACUGCAUUAUUCCAGCCUGUUGCGCUCCGGUCUCUGAAUCUAGGAAUAUGUCCGAAAUUGAGUGUGCUCAAUAUCGAAGCACCUUAUAUGGUGUCCCUUGAAUUGAAAGGCUGUGGUGUACUGUCUGAAGCAUCCAUCAUUUGUCCUCUGUUAACAUCUUUAGAUGCGUCUUUCUGCGGCCAACUGAGGGAUGACUGUCUAUCUGCAACCACUUCUUCUUGCCCACUGAUUGAGUCACUGGUGCUAAUGUCGUGUCCUUCUAUUGGCUCUGAUGGUCUGUCUUCCUUGAACGGGCUCCCAAAUCUGACUGUUCUUGAUUUGUCGUACACUUUCUUGAUGAAUUUGGAGCCUGUCUUCAAGUCCUGUAUUCGACUGAAGGUACUCAAAUUACAAGCCUGCAAAUAUCUCACUGACUCAUCACUGGAGCCUCUAUACAAAGAAGGUGCUUUACCGGCACUUGAAGAGUUAGACCUGUCUUAUGGAACUCUCUGUCAGACUGCGAUUGACGAUCUACUUGCGUGCUGCACACACUUGACCCAUUUGAGCUUGAACGGCUGUGUUAAUAUGCAUGACCUUGAUUGGGGUUCAACCAAUGUGCAGCCAUUUGAUUACUUUGGUGUAUACAGUUCUGGUGAGACUACUCGAGAACCAGCUGAAGCAGCCAACCGGUUACUGCAAAACCUCAAUUGUGUGGGUUGCCCCAAUAUCAGAAAAGUGUUGAUACUGCCAGCAGCUCGAUUUUAUCAUUUAUCAACACUGAACCUUUCACUAUCGGUCAAUUUAAAGGAGGUUGAUCUUGCCUGUUCCAACCUGGUUUUGCUUAAUCUAAGCAACUGUUGCUCUCUGGAAGUACUGAAGCUUGGCUGCCCAAGAUUGGCUAGUCUCUUUCUUCAGUCUUGUAACAUGGAUGAAGCAGGAGUUGAAGCUGCUAUAUCAAGAUGCUGCUCACUAGAGACACUGGAUCUCCGUUUCUGUUCAAAGAUAUCCUCGGUGAGCAUGGCGAGGUUCCGAGCAGUGUGUCCUAGUUUGAAGCGAGUCUUCAGCAGUCCAAAUCUUGCAGAUUAGGGAUUUGCACCGAAUGUUUUAUUAUAUACUAGUAUUAUCCCCUGCUAUGCAGGAGCACAUUAUAUUUCUUAAUAUAAAAAUUUAAUACAAAAAUGAACUUAAAAUAUGUAAAUGUUACAUGUUUUGUUUAAAUAUAAAUAUAAACUAGGUGAUU